GACAGUGACGUCCAUCCUUAUCAUAACAUAACAUACUUGUAUGACAAAAACAAACAAUAUAUAUCAAUGAUCCUGGAUGUUGAAAUAAUAUGAGGCAAAGUUUGAAUUAAAAAAAUCAGUAAAUGCAAUGUGGUUUGUGAGACUUUAUCAAAAUGGAAUUAUAUCGUACUAGCCAGUUUUACAUUUUUGUGGAUGGUAAACAUUCUUUAUGGUGGGACCGACAAACAAGAGCUUUCAUUCCCAAAACUGGAUGGGAUUUAGCUGACGCAGAUGAUCCAGUUUGCCUUGGUAUAUGUGAUGGCAUAAUAGGAAAAGUUGAACAUAGCCCUUUGUUCGAUCCCCGUUUACUCCUUAUAAAAGAAAGUCUUCCAGUGGGCAAACUCCAUGGCGAUAAUGAGAUAUACAAAAUUAAAUCCGUAGUGUUCUUACCUGUUGGUAUUGAAAAUGUAGACAUCAACCUGUUGCCUUGUCAGAAACAUAAAUGUAUCACUUUGAAACAAAACCCUAGCAGCACGAGCUCCCUAUUUGAUAUACAGAAAAAUACUGCUUUGACCAAGACAUGGGGCACACUCAAAAGUGCAGGAAAUACAAUAAAAAAUACUACUCAGCAAGCAGCUGCUAUGGCUGGUGUUCAAAAAAAAGGAACCAUCAAGGAUAAAGAUAGAUUUGAAAAACAGAUCAUGGAAGAAUUCUAUAAAAUAUUCUCGGAUACGAAUUCUUUUUAUUUUUCUCGAACCACAGAUCUAACAAAUUCCUUACAGAGAUUGUGUAAGUUGGAAAAAGAUGGUUCGAUAGAUCCAAAGGCCUUAUGGAAAACUGUAGAUGACAGAUUUUUUUGGAAUAAGCACAUGUUGAACACUAUGAUUGAAACAGGGAACCCAUUGUUUGAUCCCUGGAUUAUGCCUAUCAUCCAGGGUUAUGUUCAAAUAGAAGAUUGUAAAGUAGAAAUGGAUAGAAAUAUGAUAGAUUCCGAAGCAAAACAAUACGAAAUUUUCAAACUCUGCAUAAUAUCAAGAAGAAGCCGUUUCAGAGCUGGUACCAGGUAUAAAAGAAGAGGUGUGGACGAGGUUGGUGAAGUGGCUAACUAUGUGGAAACAGAACAAUUGAUUGCAUACCAAACACAUGAAGUUUCAUUUAUCCAAGUUAGAGGUUCGGUCCCAGUCUAUUGGUCUCAGCCUGGAUUCAAAUAUAGACCCCCACCACGAAUAGAUAGAGGUGAAGCUGAUACCAAAGUUGCUUUUGAGACGCAUUUCAACAAAGAAGUGAAAAAGUAUGGUCCUAUUUGUGUGAUAAAUCUAGUUGAUCAAACGGGGAAAGAAAAAGUAAUUUUCGAUGCUUAUUCCCAUUAUAUUCUACAACAAAAUAGUCCUUUUAUAACGUACGUCACAUUCGAUUUCCAUGAAUAUUGCAAAGGAAUGCAUUUUGAAAAUGUGUCAAUUCUGAUCAAUGCCAUCAGUGAUAUCAUAAAAGACAUGAACUAUUGUUGGAGAGAUAAUCAGGGGCAUAUCUGUUCUCAGAAUGGUGUUUUCAGACUGAACUGCAUAGACUGUUUGGAUAGAACAAAUGUUGUUCAGACGGCAUUGGGAAAAGCUGUCAUGGAAAUACAAUUCUGCAAAUUGGGUUUAGUAUCACCAGAAGGGUGCAUGCCUAAUAAUAUCAAAAGUACAUUUCAAAUGUUAUGGGCUAAUAAUGGAGAUACUAUAAGUAAACAGUAUGCUGGAACGAAUGCUUUGAAGGGUGAUUAUACAAGAACUGGUGAAAGAAAAUUCACUGGAAUGAUGAAAGAUGGGAUGAAUUCAGCUAACAGAUACUACUUGAGUCGGUUCAAAGAUUCAACGAGACAGGGUACUAUAGAUUUAAUGUUGGGAAAUUAUGUAUCUGAAGACAUUUUCAGUGAAUCGAAAGUAUCACAGUUUGAAGAAGACAACAUCGCAACUGCUGAACAUGUGAAACUUCUAAUAGAAGAUUGUAAAAAAAUGCUCAUUAAUGAACCUGAACUAGUUGUCGGUAGUUGGGGACUCAUUAACGCUGAUCCUGUCACUGGAGACCCUAACGAAACAGAAAUGGACUCGAUUCUAAUUCUUACCAAAGACUCAUAUUUUAUGGCAGAUUAUGACGAUCAAGUAGAUAAAAUAACCAAAUACCAACAGGUGAUGCUAAAAGACAUUUCUCUAUUAGAGUUUGGAAUAGCAGAAUCCAACAGUUCAUUAUUCAAAGCAUCUAAACAUAGACAUUGCAUCAGAAUCAAUUAUAAAGUCAAUAAUACCAGUGGAUAUUACCAUAUGUUCAGGUCUACUAGCUUUAGGUUCUUCAAUAAUCUAGCAGUUGUCAUUAAAAACAUCGAUGAAGAAAUAGAAUCCCUGAAAGCAAUCUGUGAAGGAAUUUUGAUUGCUUUGGAUAUUUGCGGCCUACCCCCUGUGCCAUUCAGACUUGGUCAACCUCUUGACAGAAGGAAAUCUAAAGUGAUAAGUAGCGGUACGUCAAGCAGUAACAUCUACUUAGAUAUAACAUCUUUGCCUCAAAUGACUCGAAAUGUUUCUGAAAGCCAAUUGCUAUCUCUGAAGAAUGUUGGCUCAAAAGCUAUUUCAAACAUGGGUCAACAGAUCUCGAGAUUGAAUAAAAUCGGAAACACUUUCAAGGCUAACAAAUUGAAACAAACGACGAACUUCAUGAUAGGCCAAAGGACAAAGAAUGAAACUUCUAGUGAAUCUGAAGAAGACUAUGAAAAUAAUAUAUUUGAGCCAGAUGAAUGUACAGGACAUGAAGUGUCUUCACCAUAUGCAACGGUUUCUGAAUAUAAUCAGAUUAUUGAACAAGGUUUGGAAGCUACUGAAGAUGCUGUUGUUUCCCUACCGAAAGCAGACACUUUCUUACCCAGCGUGGGUAUAGUGAUGGGCCAUAAGAGUGACUGUACGAAUCUUGAGGGCGUUUUACAGCAAAAACAUAACCUGUUAACCAGACAAAACUCAUCUCAAAUGAACGAAGUACAGUUAUCAAGUAUCAUGCAAAGCGUUUCUAUCUCCUCUGGUAUGAAUCCCACUCCAGAAAUUCAAAUAAACUCUGAAGAAUUGGAUAGGCCAUGCCUGAAGAAAGAUCCUCCUAAUAGCCUGAUGUUAGAUAAAACGUUCAGUCACUCCUCAGGAGAAGUUGAUGUGCAAGAAAACGCUGGCUAUAGGCCUAUCGAUAGAUCAACAUCGAAUUAUGAAAUUCAGCUGAAUAUAUCACAGUCACAGAGUGAAUCUGCGUUGAAGAAAUUGAAUACCAUGAGUAGUCCACUUGGAAGUGCUACUAAAGAUUUGGUUCUGAAUCCCUUCAGUAAAUUGGCAAAAGGAGUCCAAAAUAUCGGAGCAAAUUUUGACCCUAGAAAAUUGAGCAGUCAAGUGAGACAUAUAACAGAAAAAGAUCUGCAAGAACACAAACAACUGCAGGAAAAAUGGAAAGAUAGUAAAACUAGGUUAAUAGCUUUGUAGAAAUUCUAGCUUUGCCGAUGAAUAGCUACAGUUUCCAAAAUAAAUGUUAGUUUGUCAAUUUUAUGAAGUUACGUGUCACCAGAAUAUAAUGUAAAUCAUUCAACACCUAACCUAACCUAAGAGGAAAGUUUUCGUGAUAUGAAAUUGGAAAAUGGGUUUUUCGAAUUUUUUGAAUGUUCAUGAUGAGUUCAUGGAAUUCAAC